AUGUCGAGCGGUCUCCACCAACCAGACCUCGAGCAGGACGAUGGUGCGCGAAUUACGCCGGGUACCGCUUCGACAACUGGCUCUCGCGGGCCGUUGUAUCGGAGCAUGAGCCACAGUUCUCAGUGGACGGUCCCCGACACCCCUUCCCACCAUCUUCAGGGAACGUCCUACUUCACCCAACGCGCAUCUUCCCCCAGUCAGCGUCGUAUCCACUCCAGCAGCCAGCCCAGGACCGCAUCCGUCAGCUCGACCCGCCGUCGCGGUGCCCGGAGCACAAGCAUCACCAGCUCGCAUGCUACCGGAGGCCGGCCCUACGAGGAGCGCAGCGCACUUGGUGAGGAAGACGAAGAGCACAGGACGGGCAGGCAGACGAUGAACGAUGAAGACGAUGAAGACCUCGACCCCAUUACCCUCAAGGACCGCCAGUCUCUCAUCAACGUCGAGCACCCCUUCGGUCUUCCCAUCUGGAAACCCGCUCUGUACAAGAAACAGAGAUCCGUGACCAAGUACGCCGACCAAGCUCUACACUCCGUCCCCAGCGCGCAAGCAGAGCGUCAUCUCCUCCCCGGCAAUAUCUUCUGGCUCGUCGCGUUUGGAUGGUGGCUCGCGGUGACUUGCUUCGCCCUCUCUGCCUUCUUGUAUGUACUCCCCAAAGGUGGCCGCAACUACGCGACCCUCUUGUUCGGCCUCGGAUGGUACAUCGUAUGGCCUUUCGGCAAGUACGUCGAAGGCGACGUCGAACUCCUUCCAGAGGACGAAGAGCAAUGCGUCCCCGAAUCCGCGCAUUCAGAGUACUUCCCAGAAGAAUACCAGGCGGGCAGCUCGACGGAACCAGGUUCCGUUCACAACACCAUCACUCCUCGAUCGCGUAUGGCAAUCCCGCAGGAAGCAAGCUCGGACUCUUGGGUAGCCCAGCCCACUGCUACGACGUCUCUUCUCGCAGCAGUCAAUGGACAGUCACGCGUUUCCAACCGUGCUGGUGUCGCAAAGUCGUAUGGUGCUACCCAAAUGUCGUCCUCAUAUUCUCUCGGUGUAUCAGUUGGAGACAACAAGGCGGAGUACUGGUUGGGCAAGGCCGUCUUCUGGGCCGCACUGAUUACCCUCAUCGCGCCGCUCAUGCUCAUCGUCUCGCUUCUGUGCUGGUUCUUGAUUUUCACCAUUCCCAUGGCAAGGCUGAACUGGGCCCUCAUCAAGCAUCUCUUCCAGCACCCUACCUCCGUCCGAUUCUGUGCAGCACCAGUCAUUGCCAUUCCGGAUGAAGAGGGGGGAGCGGACGCGACCGCUAGGAAUACGGAUGCGGAGGCGACCCCAGUCGCGUUCAAGCACCCUCGCCUCGCGGCGGGCCAGGCUGCGCCUUCCGGCUCACCGACGUCGACGGUCCUCCUGUGUACGUACCGCGCAUGGGGGUGGAAGUACUACAAGUACACGGUUGGCGGUGUCAACAUCAUUUUCGUCAACCUCCUUCCUUUCGUCCUCUUUGCCAUCAUCGACGGCAUCGUCCUCCUUCCCAUGGUCGAACGGCGCGAGCACGCUGGCCAACACGUCCCCACCUUCCUCGCCGCGAUCACUUCGCGCGCACUCAUCUUCGUGAUGAGUUUGGCUAGUGUCAUUCCGCUGUCGUACUUCAUCGGCAUGGCUGUCGCUUCUAUAUCGGCACAGUCGUCUAUUGGUAUGGGUGCGGUCAUCAAUGCCACCUUCGGUUCCGCCAUCGAGAUCCUGCUCUACGGCAUCGCGCUUACGCAAGGCAAGGGCCACCUCGUCGAAGGAUCCAUCGUGGGUAGCUUGCUCGCCGGUGUGUUGCUCAUGCCCGGAAUGAGUAUGCUCAGCGGUGCCCUACGGAGGAAGGAGAUGAAGUUCAACGCGAAGAGUGCUGGCGUCACAAGUAUGUUGCUCAUCAUGGCCUUCAUUGGCACUAUUUGCCCCACGUUGUUCUAUCAGACUUACGGCAGUUUCGAGCUGGUCUGUGAUGGAUGCCCAUCGGAAGAUGGGUUGACCUCCUUGACAAAGCCAUGGGUCUGCCAGCACUGCUACUAUCAGCAUCCUGACCCCGUGGAUGAUCCCUUCUACCAGUCUACAGUUAAAAGCUUAAUGUUCUUCUGCGCUAUCAUCCUCGUAUUUUCGUAUCUCAUCGGCCUCUGGUUCUCACUGCGCACUCACGCCAGCCAGAUCUGGCAGAACCCGCAGCAACUCCUCCAGCCGGAACAGAUCCACGCGCCUACCAGCAACCGUAUGUCUCUGUACCACAAGCUCAUUCCCGGGGCGCACAAGACUUCGCUGCACCACAAGCCAAGCAUGAUGACCGUCGAAGAAUCCUCCAUGUCACGUAGCGAGACCCCAGUUCCGCGCAUUCACGAGCCUGUGUCUCCACAGCUCGCCACUGCGAGCCCUGCCAACCGUCACAUCUCCUACGUCACCCCACCCGCCGCCCACGGCCCCAACUACACCCCAAUCUUGGAGAGUGUCGACCACGCGAUCAAGGACGCCGGCCUGCAGCCCCUUCAACUCCCCGGCAACCUCUCCCCGGACGACUUCACCCGCGCCGUCGCUGUCGCCACCGUCAGCGCUCUCCGUCACCAGCAGAACCAUUCACAGUCCCCCGCGCGUCUGCGCUCGUCUGGCGCUGAGAUGGACACUGGCGGAGGUGGACACGGUGGACACGACGCGCCGUCUUGGAGCCGUACGACUAGUGCAAGCGUUCUGCUUGCGUGCACGGCCCUGUAUGCUAUCAUUGCUGAGAUUCUCGUUGAUGUCGUCGACGUCAUUUUGGAAGGGUCCGGCAUCGACGAGAAAUUUCUUGGGGUAACCCUCUUCGCGCUGGUGCCCAACACUACUGAGUUCAUGAACGCCAUCUCGUUCGCUCUCAAUGGGAACAUCGCUCUGAGCAUGGAAAUUGGAUCCGCGUAUGCCCUGCAGGUCUGUUUGCUCCAGGUCCCGGCCAUGGUCGCUUUCUCUGCUUGGUAUGCCCCUGACAAGAUGGGGUCCACCGCCGAGACCUUCACGUUGAUCUUCCCUCGCUGGGACAUCAUCGCGAUUAUCCUGUCGGUGUUCUUGAUGACCUACACCUACAUCGAGGCGAAGAGCAACUACCACCGUGGCAGCAUCCUCCUCCUCAGCUACCUGGUCCUCCUCUCGGGCUUCUACUAUGCCCCGAACCGCUCGGAUGAAGAGAACGAGAUGCUCGGCGUGCUCGGCUCUGUGGCUCACAGCGUUGGCUCGUUCCUCUCUGUCAUCUGA